AUUUGCUUGCGCAAUUCAGCCCCUGGUGAUGCGCCGAUGCGUGUGAUAUCCUGCUAAAAUAUUACCAUGUGAAAUUGCAAAGAACUGUCAAAUCUGUCAAUGUCAAUUUUUUGUAAUCAUCUGUAACGUAAACACUUUUUAGAGACUUCCAUAUUUUGGGAACAAUUUGAAGCAAUUAUGGAUAACAUUCGGCUAAUGUCUUGAAAAAUGAUUCCCCGGAAAGUCAACAUAUGCACUUGUGGCGCAAGAUGUCUGCAGGAGAUGUAUUUUGAUUGAUCUAAUUCAAAUUAAUAAUAAUAUACUUAUAAGUGUAAAAAAUGGAGCUGGAGGAAAAUGAAAUCUUGGCCAAUUCAAAUCUAGCUCUCCGGAAUGAGAAAAUGGACAAAACAGUUGGUGGCGUUGAUUGUGAAGAAGACAGGUUACACGAGAUGACUGCAUCUUAUUCCGAGAUAUCAUUUGACUCUCAGUCUUCUCCUCCGAUUUCGGAACUCCGAUCUCUCGUAGGGUCUCCAGAUCUAGAUAAUGAUAAAUUGUUGAGAGACGCUCUGGGAGGAUCAGAUCUAAAUGCUGGCAGGCCGGAUCGCCUCAGCUUGAAAGAUGCGAGACAAAGUUCUCAGGAGGACGGCGAUUUCGAUCCGCCAAGUUACAAUAAAGCGAUCAGAUAUUUGCAACUGGAAGGCACUGUAAUGCAGGAGGGGGACAUGGUUCUCUUUGUUGCUGAAGAUUUAGAAAAUAAAAUUAAACUCUCUAGUCCGGUCACCAAGAGAGGAGACACUCCUUCAUUCUCAGGCUCACGAAGUCCCACAAAUUGUCUCUACAGGCAGGCGUUGACACCUCAAUUGCCUCUUCUAGAUCAUAACGUCCUGAAUGAACUUGAAAUGGAGGCACGAAAAAUUGCAACCUCGGUCGAUUCUCUCACCGAAAAUUUGGCAGCAAUCUUGCACAGUGCAUCAGCUUUAACAGUUGGCUGUCUAGAGACCUACAGAGAUGCUGUGUGCAAAACUUGUGACGCGGUUGAUCACAACAUCAAGUCCAUGUAUCAGUUAAUGGCAAAAUCUGAAGAACUUUCUAAGUCGAUGAGUCCUGUUUACAAGUUGGCAGAAAAGGUUAAGGAAAUAAAGAGAAUGCUGGAGUUAUUUGAAAACACCAUGAGCGUUUAACCAGAUAAAAAUACAACUAAAAUUUAUUCCUUGCUCUUCGACUUCGCGGAGGGUAACAGAGACACCUACAAAAUAUUGCACUUGCUUUAAGAAUAGAUGAUUAGCAAACUCUGAAAAAAGCGCAAUAAAAUUUACUUCUACGUUGUAUGCAUGUUUUUACCUGAUUAAUUGUUGAUUAUUUUCUUUUUUCAAUAAAACUAAAUUUUAAAAGA